AUGGCUUCUCCAGACAUCUUCACCAGAGCCGCUCAGCAGUUUCUGUGUUCUGGUACCAAAAAGAAACGGCUUUGUCCCUCUGCCUGUGUGGAUCUGGCUGCCCAGGUUUUGGCCGUGGACGCCGGUCUGAAACCGGCUCUUCUCUACGACACCAACGCCGCUUCUCCAGAGCAGAUCCAGCUGUACCUGGACGCCCUUCAGACAGCUGGCCGGCUAAGCAAAGCUCUACGGACCGUCUCCAUUGACGACAACAGCUUUGUCGUCAACCCCGCCCUGGAAGUGUCACACAUGGAAGACCUCCUGAAGAGCAGGAGUCUUGUUGUUAUUGACGUGUGUCCUCAGAGGGAGAAGCCGGGUGUGACUGACUUUAACAGUGAGAUGGAGGACAUGGUCACAGCCAUGCUGGAGUAUUUUAAAGACUUAAAUGACGCAGGGUCUGCUAGGAAUGGGGACUUAGAUAAGGAGCUGUACCAGUCGUGGAACCUGUGUACUCUUUUUGGUGUACUGUUAGGCUACCCUGUCAGCUAUUGGUUCGACCAAACCAGGGGCUUUGAGAACUGCCUAAGCAUGACGCCGCUGGUGGUGACCAAAGUCUGGGUCACGUGGCGUGCGGACACCGUGUCUCAUCGAUGUUGCCUGUACUCCUUCAGUGUUCCAGAGGAGCUGUGGUCAGACGCACAAUCUCAGGUGGACAGGUGGACCCAGGGUCUCAGUGACAGGAUCCGUCGACAGGCGGCAUUCACGGAACUCAGCGUUUCCAUGACAACCGUCACCUUGCCCGCUGUGACUCUCUGAACUUAAACAUG